UUAAUAACCCCCGACUUCCCGAUGUCGGUUUCCGGAAAAACCCAAAACCCACAUUACAAUUUUUGUCCCUUCUCUAUCUACCAUCUUCUCAUGCAUAUUCAAUGCCCAUAAAUAUAAAACUUAAAGCCUCCUGCGCUCAAACUCAUCGUCAAAAAAUGGGUUUCUUUGUGUAUUCAAGAAACGCUUUGCUUUUGCGCUUUCUGACAACCCUGUUUCUCAUCACUUCUUCAAAGGCCAACUUCUUCCAGGACUUCGAUAUCACCUGGGGCGAAGGCCGAGGCAAAAUUGUCGACAACGGAGACCUCCUCACUCUCUCUCUCGACAGAUAUUCCGGGUCGGGUUUUAAAUCCAAAAAGGAGUAUCUUUUCGGGAAAAUCGACAUGCAGCUCAAGCUUGUCCCUGGAAACUCUGCCGGAACUGUCACUGCUUACUAUUUGUCGUCAGAAGGGCAGAAUCAUGAUGAGAUUGAUUUUGAGUUCUUGGGGAAUUUGAGCGGGGAUCCUUACACGGUUCACACAAAUGUGUAUACUCAAGGAAAGGGGGAAAGAGAGCAGCAGUUUCGGUUGUGGUUUGAUCCCACUGCUGAUUUUCAUACAUUCUCAGUUUUGUGGAAUUCUCAAACCGUCCUGUUUUUGGUGGACAACACACCAAUCCGAGAAUUCAAGAACCUAGAAAACAUCGGCGUCCAAUUCCCAAGAAAGCAGCCAAUGAGGCUGUAUUCCAGCAUCUGGAACGCUGAUCAAUGGGCCACAAGGGGUGGGCUGAUCAAGACUGAUUGGUCUCAGGCACCCUUCACUGCUUCUUACAGAAACUACAAUGCAAGUGCAUGCACAGUGCCCGUAAAUCCAGGCCAGGCCGCCUGCAGUUCUGCAGCAAACCAGCAGCCCGAUAACAGGCCCUGGAAAUUGGAUCCCGUCAGUGAAGAGAAGCUCAAAUGGGUGCAGCAGAAUUACAUGAUUUAUAACUAUUGCACGGACACGAAGCGGUUCCCAGAGGGGUUUCCUCCGGAGUGCACUGCUCAUGCUUAGUGUGGAGCUAGCUUGGCUGUUGGAGCAGUCAUCGACCAUGCGGUCUUUCACUUUUGAAUGUUCGAACAUCGAUGGUUGAGGAAAUAAAGUUCGUCACUAGAACUUUUUAUGUGUGUAUUAUGAGCUGAUGUUGGUGGAUUAAUUACGUGCGUUUACAAUAA